AAAAUUUGUGAUUUUUGUUGGAUUGUCGAUCUGAAGCCCCUGUGACGAUGUUAAAAUGGACCGUAAUGGGACGUCGCGAUGUACAAAACGACGUCGUCACCACAAACGACCGCCCUCUAUCGAGCGAUUAUCCGACUGGAAGUUUAACGCCCGGAAUACAGAUGCGUCGAGUGCAGAAAUCGGCUACUACAGUGAAACGACGUCGUUCGAGUACGGCGUUGCGACGUCGACGUUCAUCCGGAUUGAUUACAAAUGGUAUAAACGAGGGACGCAACAGUUUAGAUAGUAUGUUGGACGUCGAGAAGGAAAAUAGAUUUACGUCGACGCCGAUCAAGACAAUUUCCGAGAGUGGCGCGCUAAGAGACGUGGGGAAUGUUACGCCUAACGUUAACGAUAAACAUUGGGAAUCGUUUUUAGCGAAUCAUCGAGCUCUAUCGGCCAGAAAAUCCAAGAGCGACAGAAAGCUGCGAGUUUCCUUAACGACACCAAAAAACCAGCACAAAAAGAAAAAAGAUUGUUUGUUCAAGCACGAAGAUUUGAUGUUGGUUAGCCAAACAAGCAACUAUUUCAGACCGUUCGAAAGCGUAGAUUCGCAUAUAGAAGGAUUCAAAGCGGAAACUCAUUGUUCAUGUAAAAAACCAGCCGCGACGCUCCCGAUUUCCUCCGACGAUUACCAUUAUUUGAAUAGAAAAAGUUACAAAAAAUUAAAAGUGAUCGAAGAUUUGAAAUUGCCCCCAAACAAAAAACAAAAAAUCGAUCACGUAAACGAUUUCCUACACCAAAUAUCUUAUAUAACAUCCCCCGAAAACGCGGGGUGUUUACCGGGAACCAGCAGCUCGGCCGGCAAACCUCUAGUCGGACAAUUUUUAGAUUUCGAAUACAACAAAAAUUCAAACGAUUCCUCCUACAUAAACAACAUGUCUUUGGAAAAAAUAGUCGACGAAUUGAUAGACGCCAGCGACGAUAAAAUUGACGAAAAACAGGACGUCGCAUCGGACAAUUCCUCAGAUUCCGGUUUCAGAAGCUCCAAUACCGAAAAAUCUCAUCGAUUCGACAACAAUUUCGUUUGCAAAUGCAACAAAACCAUCAUACAAAUCGACGAAACCUACAACGAAAGAUGCGUCGACGAUACAAGAUUUAGAAAAAGACGAUCGAGCUUAUCGACUGAACCGAAAGCUUUAGAUAAAUCGAAAGAAGGCGAAUUCACUUUACGGAGACAAAAAUGCAUCAGACGAAGAAAACCGCCGAGCUGCGAUAAAUACAAUAUCGAAAACACCCCCAUUUUCAACUGUUAUUUGGAAAAUAAGGAAAUUCCAAGUGCCGCCGAUACGAAAACAAACCUGGAAAAUAGUGCGAGCGGCGGCAGGGAUUUUAGGAAAUGUCUCGUUUUCGAUAAUUCCAAAAACGAUUCUUCCAUUUAUUCCGAAAGCGGUUCCACGUGUAAAUCCAUCGACAUACGGGGUACCGUCCAACUUAAAUCUUAUCUUCGACAAGAUAAUCUCUUGGUUAAAGUUGUGUGCUGCAAGGAUUUAUACCGCGCGAAUGGGGAGAAAAUAAACGCUUAUAUCAAGGUCGCAUUGGAAGAUCGAUUGGGGGAUUCUCGACAGAAAAAGAAAAGUUUUCUCCAAAGAACUGCCGUUCAAGCUGAUUCGAACAGACCGAUUUUCAAUCAUACUUUCAAAUUUCCUUUUAAUGGCUAUGAUAAUUCGAAAAAUAUUCAUCUGGAAGCUUGGCAUCGAGAUAGAAACACGAGAACAAGCGACUUUUUGGGAUGUAUGUCGUUCGAUGUUAAAGAUGUCAUUGAAAAAGGUAUCGAAGGUACAUUUAAAUUGCUACCCCAAUCGAUUGGUCGUAAUACUAACUUAUCGAUAACACAAGAUAACAUGUCGGUUAAUAACGACGUUCAUUUUGAAAAAGACGUAAAAAUGUGCGAAAGUCAUUCGAGCGUCGACGAACUCGUCUGUUUGGAGGAUUUCGAAGGGGAAUUGAAACGAUCGACGUCGAAGACCGUCUUGAACGAGCAACAAAAAUACGCCGACGAAAAUUUAUUUUUGAGGUAUUUGGAGUUGGAUCCAACCGAAGGUCCGGACGCGUCUUCGGCGGCUACGCAAAGAAAAGCGACCGGAAAUAGGAACGGCAGGACGCCGUUUACUUGUACGAAAAAAUUGGUUCGACCGCCAAAAUCUGGAUUCGGUUUUUCGGUCGUGUGGACACAUCCGCCGAGGAUAGAAAGAGUGGAAAAAGGACUUCCGGCCGAUAAAGCGGGAAUUUUACCUGGCGAUUAUAUCAUUUUCGUGGAUAAGCAUAAUGUAGUUGUGAUGCCCGAAAUCGAUAUACUAAAUUUGAUCAGAUCUUUUGGUAGCCAAUUAACUCUCGAGAUAUUUCGUCGGAACCCAUCAAAAAACGGUUCGGUGCCUAGUGUUAAAAGACUGUCAACGCCGUUAGCGACUUCCACCGCUUUGGGCAGUACGUCCGUACUACCGGUAGCGUUACAAAGAAGACCGUCGACGGUGUGUUCUACAAAUACCGCUUCCGGAGAAUAUAAUAGGAGAAAACUUAACCUUCCUCAAGUCACUUUUAGUACUGAGAAACCGACGAAUAAUCCAGAAGAUAAUAGAAAAAAAGCGAUGUACCAAUUGGUCGGGAAGGAACAACAAUACGCUCUAGGUUUACAAUUUGCCAUUGCAAGAUUCGUCUCCGCUUUGGCCGAAAGAAAGGACCUAAUUUCCCCAUUAGAACAUAGGAUGUUGUUCCAAAAUAGCGGGGAGAUAUUACAAUUAACGGAAGAUCUAUUGGAUCAUCUAAUACAAGACAAUGAACUCCAAACGCAUCUGCUCGUCAAAACUUACUUCGUAAAACUUCAGGAAAUUAAAACGAUUUACAAAAAAUAUUGCUCGGGGAUUAAGAAAGCCGAUUGCAUUUUGGCGAACAAAACAAAAAAUAGCAAUUCCGAAUUUUGUAGGUUUAUUCAGAUACCGCACAUACCUCGACGAAGACCGGACAUAACUACUUUCAUUCACAAACCUCUAGAGCAUUACAGAGAUAUGUUGAGAUUCCUUACGACGAUUCAAAGUUGCACCAAGCCAAAUCAUGACGACUUUUCUGUGAUAAAUGAACUUGUCCAUCAGUUGCAGUUGACUUAUAGAGAAAUUACUUCGGAAUCGGGACUGAUGGAACCUUCGGGAGAAGGUAGACCGUUGCUGACUGUUCAAGAUUUAGAAAAUAGGCUAGUUUUCACCAAAUGCAAGCCUUUCGUUUUAAAUAAACCGGGUCGACAAUGGAUUUUCGGAGGCGAUUUAGCGAGAGUGGAAGGCAGAAACGUCCGGCAAUAUUGGACGUUGUUGUUCAGCGAUCUUUUAUUAUUCGCGAAAGCCUCUCGAGAUCGAGUUUUAUUCGUCACCGAGGACCCUCUACCUUUGGCUCAAGUUUCCGAUAUGUUUUUCAAUGUAAGAAAAAAAGAUACAGAAUUCAGGAUAAAUAUUAAUCCCGAUGGUAAGAACGCGUCAAGUCCAACGGUCCAUUGCGGUCCCGAUCUUUCCAGGACCCCCAAGAAAAACGCAAACAGAAAAACUGUCAUUUUACGAGCUCCCACUACGGAACUUAAGGCCGUUUGGCAAAAUUUGCUACAAAGGCAGAUCUUUCAGUUGAAUUCAGGCAUGGACGGAAGUUCGAUUAGUUCUCCAUUAGAAUCUCCCGAAGUUCCGAUUACUUCCUCGGUGGUAACUCUACAAUCGAAUGAAUCGCUAUCGAUACGUCGUCAGGUGCGUCUAGACAUUACCAAACAACAUAAUCCAAUCGAAAAAUUCCCUAACCUCGAUCCCGUACAAUCUCAGUUAGACAAAACUCCCGAUACUCCAAGCGCUAAUAUUUCCUUUCGAUCUUCGUCGGAAUCGUCUCUUUAUACAUCAGAAGCUAGCUUACUUCGGAAACAGACAGCUUCUCCGUCGGCUAUACUUACGCCAAGCACCGAAGCUUACAACGAUGAUUUAAGUGACUUUGGACUCGGUGACGAGCCAUGGGAUGUUAGUCAGUUCGAUUACGAUAUGAGUUGUUUGAAUAUCGAUGGGAAAUUGGGGAAUUUUCAGACCUGUCAAAAUUUAAAUCAAACCUGUCAAAAUUGUCAAAACGCCAAUAAGGAAAAGGAAUUGCGACAACGGGAGAUGGACGCGUCGAUUGAACUAAAGUGCAAACAGUUGGGAAAAGGGGUAAAUAGUAAAUGUAACGCGCUACAUUUGGAGCGAUGGAUCAAAUCGCAAUUGACCGACGAAUUGGGAUCAGAAACAACGCCGGACGAGGAAAAAGAGGGUUUAAUGGAAGAAUGGACCAAAGAGAUGUUGAGGAAGAGAUCCGAAGAAUUGCAAUUGAUCGAUUCCGAAGGUAAUAUCAGAAGUACGAACAACAAGGAGCAUACGAAGAGAAACGACAACGAUUGCGAGGAAAUUACGGUAUCGGAAAACGAUCAGAGUCCGUCCAAAAGUACCACAACGGAAAGUCAAGUGACCGUUAGAUCUAGUCCCAUAGUACCUGAAACUGUAUCGUUGUGUCGAAAAUGUCACAAAACUUGCCUCAGCACCAACGGUAACAGAAAUAACUCGAACGGAUGUGAUGGUAACGAAAAUCCAACUUCAAGACUAGAUAAUAACCCCACGAAGGAUAGUAACCAUAAUAAUGAAAAUAAUUGGCAAUCUUUCAUGUUGAUAGGUUUAUUAGCUAACAAAGCAACUAAUUUAGUCAACACGGAUCCAUUUACAUCUUCAAAAGUUCCUAAUAUCUCAGUAAUACCUGCGACGCCAGAAAGUUCCAUUUCAAUAUCGAAACAUUCGGAAAAUUCGUCGUGCCAAAACGAUUUAAACGGAUACGAGAAUCACAAUUUCGUCGCGGACUCUCCCGACGAUUCCCCCGAAUCCGAAGACCACCCUUAUCACUCCCUGAGCAGUUCGAUGAUCACUUUAAGAAGAUUCGGCACCGUAUCUAGUUUGGAAAGAGUUACGUCCGAAGAAAAAGAAGAUUCCAUCGACAAUAACGUAGACGAUAAUAGCGUAGACGAAGAAGAUAACGACGAUUUCAAUAACUCUACUAUAAAACAUUGGACUCUAAGAGCCGGAUCGUACGUCGCCGAAAAAAUGUCGUUUCUCGAGAAACUCGGAGAAGAUUACAAACAACAAUACGUCACUAGAUACCUAACGACAUCCGAUAAUCCCGUAAACGGAGAAGAUUUACAAGAAGAAGAAGAUAUUUGGGGAACUCCGACUAGCGGUGGAGAAAACGAAGAUAGUUUGAAUUCGCCGGGGUGCGAAGACAAACAAUCGCCGAAUAACGGAUCCCUUUCGUCCGAUUACGGCGACGAUACUGAAUUGAUGAUGGACGAAUUGCUGAUGACGCCCCCGAUCAGCGGUGCCGCGAUGCGAGGCCUCCUGCCGCGGAGGACGCUGGAACCUCUGAUCGAAGAAGAAUUGUACGAAACGUCUUCGACGUCUUCGAUAGAAUCCGAUAGCGAGUCGGAAUCUCCCGAACGACAGGAGAGCGGAACUGGAGGUGUUGCUGACACAUGUUGUGUUGCGGAAGGAGCGCAGAAACCGAACGGAUCGGAUCUGGAGGAAUCGAAAGGAGGUACGCGCGUUCGUCCUUCGAUUCCGACGACGACGACGAUUCACAGAUCGGAAAGUUACCGUCAUAUUAUCGAGGCUGCGGAAAACGAAGGAAACGAAGAACGAAACGAUUAUUUCUUCAAUCGAUUCCGGCCGGCGGGCAAGUUUGUAAAUAUCGAGAGGAUACCGAGAUCGAGAAGUAUUAAAAUUUUUGAGUUUUUUAAUAUGCGUAAACCGGAAAGAAGAAUAUACGAAACACACCCCGAAGGUAGACAUCUCAUCAAAAUAUUCGAAAGCGAAGAUCCUCUUACAGACGACACACACAGUUUAAAUUCGCCAAAGCAAUUAUCGCCUAGACGACUGAAGGACAAGCAGUUGGAUAGACGUUUCUGGAAACAACUGAGCAGAAGAAGGGGAUAUAAAGGAAUAGUACCGGCCUAAUUUAUAGCAUUUCUGUACAUCGCUUCUUUGAUUAUAAAGUUCAAAAGAAAGUUUACUAUGAUAUUAUUUAAAUGGAAUAAUAAUUACUUAUUUUUUAUUCUUAAUGAUGUGUUAACAAUAUUUGUCUUGACUUUUUCUAUAAACAAUUUUAAAAAGUCAACCUAACCUAACCUAAAAAAGGGAAAUGUGGGUUUUACUUAACUGCAGUCAAAAUAUUAUCAUCUUCAAUGAUUUUUUGAAUGAAAUUUUUAUUGAAAUCCAAAAUUUUAGGUGUAGUUAAAUUGAGUAUCUAGUAGUAGGAUGGGGUUGUGGUGGAUGUGUCAUAAAUGAAUGGGAAAUGGUAGAACAAAGACGAAAUAAACGAUAUACUUCAUGUUUAUGAAAUCUUAAAUGAAUUUUUCAUUAAUAAAAUCGGACAUUUUGUUUAAUUUAAUAGUUCCUCGCCUUGACUUUCUGUUUAAGCUUUAAAAACUCUUUAUAAUAGGACAGGGAUGACAUUUUUUUCAAGUGUACGGUGUACUAAGAACCUAAUUUUGUAAAAAUUGCAUUUUCUAAAAUUAUUUUCAUAGAAAAUGAGGUUUUUCCAAGUUCAUUUGAUGAGAAACAUGAUUUUUUGAUUUUAAUUAGAUGGAAAAAUGACAAUUUUGAGUUAUUCUGGUCAAAAAUUCUGUUUUCUGACUGAAAUUGAUCAGAAAUUGUAUAGUUUGGAUUAUAAGUAGCUUUGUUCGAUUAAAUGUGGCCCAAAAUCGAAUUUUCUGACUUAAUUUUAAUCGAAAAUAGUUUUCAAUAUCCAAUUUUGACGAAAAAUAGUUUUUUUCAGUUCAAUAUAGUCCAAAAUUGGUCGAAAAUAUGCUUUUUUAAUUUAAUACUGGCCAAAACUGGAUUUUAUCAGUUUAAUUCGGUGGAAAAAUGCUUUUCUCUAUUUAAUUUCAUCUAAAAUUUGAUUUUCACAUAGAGUUUGGUCCAAAAUAGUUUUCUAUUUCUAUUUUGACAAAAAAUAGCAAAAAAUGGCAUUUUUGAAAUACUUUGGUCGAAAAUAGACUUUUCUCAAUUUAAUAUGACCCUAGACUAAAGUUUCGCAGUUUAAUUUGGUAGAAAAGACUCUUCUAUAUUUAAUUUAUAUCAACAAGUAAGUUUUUUAAUUCAAAAUAACCCAGAAUUGGAUUUUCGGUGAAAAAGUAUUUCUGAGUCAAGUGAAAAUAUGAUUUAAUUCAGUCGAAAUAUUAUUUUUGAGUUAAAUUUUGUUAAAAAUCGCAUUUCUUGUGUUGAACUUACCAAAAUAGGCUCUUAUUAAUUUAAUUUUGUCAAAAAAGUUACUUUUCUAUGUUUUAUUUCUGUUUAUAAUUAACGUAACGAGAUUAUUUCUCUUUUACAUGUAAAAUGGUCUUUGUCUAUAUUAUUACACAGUCAUUUAAUGAAAAGUUCCAAAGCACUUCGUUACUAAUACAUAAUCGUAUAUACAAAGGCCAAAUUAGAGAAAAAAGAAGAAGCCUAUUUACUCUCGUUACGAUAUAUUUGUUAAAUCAAUUUUUUUUGGAAAAAUAUUAUUGUAAAACAAAAAAUAUGACGAAUGUAAAUUGUCAAUUUGUUCUAUUAAUUCCUAUUUUACAUAUAACAUUCCUAUUGCCUUUUCAAGCUUAAUUUCGGCUCUAAUAAUAGUGAGAAUACUUUUUAUUAAACUUUAAAGAAAUUGUUAUCGUCCAAUUUUUUAUAAAAAAAAAUUCGAUAUUGAAUAGAUGAGUCUUAAUCUCUGGUCAUCAAUCUAAUUAGAAAAAAAUAAAUGAUACUAUUUUCAUAAAUUUAAUGCAAUGUUUUUAAAUCUUCUUUGACUGUACAAGCCUCAAGAUUUGUAUAUAAUGUUGAGAAAAAAAAAUGGAAUACUUUUAAAAAAUAGUUCUGCAGUUAUAUUGGAGAUUGAUUCAUAUUAGGCAGUCAAAAUUGCAUUUCCAACACUUCAACUGACGAUGUUGAAAAUUAAUUCAUUUAUAUUAAAACAGUUUAAUAAACGUUUUAUUUAUAAUUUUGACGUUUUUAUAAGUACAUUCUACUUCUACCUAUCGGCCGAUACUGUUACUUCCAAUCUGAGACCUCAGAAUAUUCUUGUAACUUCGUCAAAAUAGUUUUAGAAUGUUGCUUAGCUACGUUAUCAUGUAAGACCAAGUAACAGGGAAAAGAAGAAUAACCUAUCUUCAUUAUAACCUUUUUCAAAUGCCAGAGAUUCAAGUGUUGUGAAAUUGUCUUGCUCUUAAGAGGUUUUAUUUAGAUAAUAAAAAAAACUCGAACAAAAAGAAAAAUGUAUUAUAAUUAGUUAUCCUAAUGAUAAUUCCGUCACGUGAAAUUGUGAUAAAAAUACAUUUUUGUAUAAUGUUAAAAAUAAACCAAUGAAAAAUUUAA